GUCGCCAGCACAAGCAACGCCCUCCUUUCUUUCUCCCUCCAUGGCUGGGAAACCGCGAAAAAGUCGCUCAGCCAGCGCCAGUGCCGAGACCAAAGCACCAAGAGGCAAACGCAGCGCCAGCGUCAGCGAGCACAAAGAGGCCAUCGAGACGACUGAACCACCCAGGAAGAAGGCAGCUCUGCUCGAAGACAACGAAGAGCCGGGGCCAGAGCCGACGGAACAGCUAGUGGCUCGCCUGGAGUUGAAGCUUCAGGAGCUGGGAGCGGAGAACGAGCGGCUGAAGGAGAAGGUGGAGAAGCUCCAGAUGGAGCAAGUCGACUCCCAGCCAAAAAACAAAAAGAAGAAGGCAGCGAAGGCCCAGCCGAAGGACAAGCCGGCGUCUACCAGAGCUCAACCUAAGAGAAGUCGACCAAGGGCAGAUCGGCGAAGGUUUAGCUUGAGAGAUUACACUUGAGCAGGCAUCCGUCCUCUUUGGCUAAGGACAUGCAGCUUGGAUGACGAGGUGGCACGCCCUGGCUCACAGGGAAUAAUAACGCAAGCUUCUCAUCCACGCUUCGUCGAUAAUCGUUUAAUUUUCUUCUCC